AUGAGAAAAAAAAACCUCUUCCCCUCCCCUCCAAACACGUCUCUACAAUAAAACAAAAUUAAAAAGGAGGGAAAAAGAAAAAAGAAAAACGAAAGGGAUGGAGACUGAAGGUUCAGUUGCCCUCAUAGUCGGCGUCACCGGCAUGGCCGGUUUCAGCAUCGCCCAGGCCUUAAAACGACCGGAAGCUCCCGGUGCCCCUUGGACCGUCUACGGCUCAUCUCGCCGGCCCCCGCCCUCCUGGUUCCCUGAAACCACCCUCGACCGGUUCCUUCAGCUCGACGCCUUAGACCGGGAUUGGACGGUUCGAGCUCUCGCGCCGGUCGCAGCCCACGUGACCCACCUCUUCUGGGUGGCGCUUGCGUCACGUGAGUCGGAGGAGGAGAAUAUACAGGCGAACUCGGCGAUGAUGGCCAACGUCCUGCGUGCGUUGGUGUUGGGAGGUGGGUCCCGCUUGAGACACGUGGCGCUGCAGACCGGAACGAAACACUAUUUUGGGCCGUUUGUGGAUACGGUUAGCAUGAGCCGGAUUGGGCCGGUUGAGGUGCCAUUUCGUGAGGAUGCCCCGAGGCUCCCAUACCCUCAAUUCUACUACGCGCUCGAAGACAUACUCUCCUCCUACACCCCGAAGCUCACCUGGACUGUCCACCGGUCAUCGCUGAUCUUCGGCGCGUCGACGUGCAGUGUAAACAACCUCCUGCUGACGCUCGCUGUCUACGCCCUCAUCUGCCGCCAUGAGGGAUCACCGUACGUGUAUCCGGGCACCGGGUACACGUGGAGCCAUUUCUGUGAUGCGUCGGACUCCGGCCUGCUCGCCGAGCAGCAGAUAUGGGCUGCGAUGUCGCCGGCAGCUAAGUAUCAGGCGUUCAAUUGCACUAAUGGGGAUGUGUUUACUUGGAGAAGCAUAUGGAAGCUUGUGUCGGAGUUGUUCCACGUGGACUUCUCCGACUGCCCGUCGAAGCCGGUGGGGCCCACUUGGGUCGGAGAGAUGAAGAAGAAAGCGCACGUGUGGGAUGCCAUCGUGGAGGAGAACGGGCUGCUGAAGACAAGUUUAGAGGGGAUCGCAACGUUUGAAGCUUUGUAUGCGGUGCUCAACUUUGGGUUUCAACACGUGUGCAGCAUGAACAAGAGCAGGGAGUAUGGGUUCGUUAAGAGCGUGGACACCCUUAAAAGUGUGAGGAAAUGGGUGGAGAGGUUUGAGGGAUAUGAACAUAAUCCCCAAAGAUUGAUGGAAAGAAUGUGAGGAAAAGGGAAAUGCCUGGGAUGUUAUUAUGUGUUUUUUAAGUGUUAAUUAACUUGUUCUAACCUUUACCUUUUUUUUGUGUGGGUGUGGAGAAAGGAUUCUCUAUAUUCUUGAUUGUAGAGAACUUGUACGGUUGAUUAUGUGGAUUAAUAACAUUGACUCAUUUUA